GCCUCCUCCGCCCCGCGCCCUGCGGUGCUGCAGCUGCGGGCGGCUCCAGCUGCCCCCAGAUGUGGGCUGGGCGGCGCGCGGGGAACUUUCGCGCCGGCUGCGAGUGCGGGGCCCCGGCUGCGGUCCGGCUGCCAUGGAUCCGCCGGCGGGAGCCGCUCGCUGCCUGCUCUGCCCCGCGCUGCUGCUGCUACUGCCGCCGCUCCUGCUGCCGCCUCUGCCGGCGGACGCCGGGCUCACGGCCGCCGCCGACCCCCCAGGCGGGCCCUUGGGGCACCGAGCGGAGCGCAUCCUGGCGGUGCCGGUGCGCACUGACGCCCAGGGCCGCUUGGUAUCCCACGUGGUGUCCGCGGCGGCGGCCCAGGCUGGGGUACGGGCCCGCAGGGCCGCCCCAGUCCACACCCCGGGCUUUCCUGGAGGCGGUGAGGAGGACCCUGGCGGCCGCCUCUUCUACAAUGUCACGGUCUUUGGCCGAGACCUGCACCUGCGGCUGCGGCCCAACGCCCGCCUCGUGGCGCCUGGGGCCACGGUGGAGUGGCAGGGCGAGUCAGGAGCCACCCGCGUGGAGCCCCUGCUUGGGACCUGCCUCUACGUCGGAGACGUGGCCGGCCUGGCUGAAACCUCCUCCGUGGCGCUCAGCAACUGCGACGGGCUGGCUGGCCUGAUCCGUAUGGACGAGGAGGAGUUCUUCAUUGAGCCCCUGGAGAAAGGGCUGGCGGAGAAGGAGGCCGAGCAGGGCCGCGUGCAUGUGGUGUAUCGCCGUCCGCCCACCUCCAGACCCCCUCCUCUGGGGGGACCACAGGCCCUGGACACAGGGGCCCCCCCAGCCAGCCUGGACAGCCUCAGCCGAGCCCUGGGCGUCCUGGAGGAGCGCGUCAACAGCUCCAGGAGGAGGGCACGCAGGCACGCUGCUGACGAUGACUACAACAUCGAGGUCCUGCUGGGGGUGGACGACUCUGUGGUCCAGUUCCACGGGAAGGAGCACGUGCAGAAGUACCUGCUCACUCUCAUGAACAUCGUCAAUGAGAUUUAUCAUGACGAGUCCCUGGGGGCCCACAUCAAUGUCGUCCUGGUGCGGAUAAUCCUGCUGAGUUACGGGAAGUCCAUGAGCCUCAUUGAGAUCGGAAACCCCUCUCAGAGUCUGGAGAACGUCUGCCGCUGGGCCUACCUGCAGCAGAAGCCGGACACUGGCCACGAGGAGUACCACGAUCAUGCCAUUUUCCUCACCCGGCAGGACUUUGGGCCCUCGGGCAUGCAAGGCUAUGCUCCUGUCACUGGGAUGUGCCACCCUGUCCGCAGCUGCACCCUGAACCACGAGGAUGGCUUCUCCUCAGCGUUCGUGGUGGCCCAUGAGACUGGCCAUGUGCUGGGCAUGGAGCACGACGGGCAGGGCAACCGCUGCGGCGACGAGGUGCGGCUGGGCAGCAUCAUGGCACCACUGGUGCAGGCAGCCUUCCACCGCUUCCACUGGUCCCGCUGCAGCCAGCAGGAGCUGAGCCGCUACCUGCACUCCUAUGACUGCCUGCGAGAUGACCCCUUUGCCCAUGACUGGCCGGCGCUGCCCCAGCUCCCUGGGCUGCACUACUCCAUGAAUGAGCAGUGCCGCUUCGACUUCGGCCUGGGCUAUAUGAUGUGCACUGCGUUUCGGACCUUCGACCCCUGCAAGCAGCUGUGGUGCAGCCACCCUGAUAACCCCUACUUUUGCAAGACCAAGAAGGGGCCCCCUCUGGACGGGACCAUGUGUGCACCUGGCAAGCACUGCUUUAAAGGACACUGCAUCUGGCUGACACCUGACAUCCUCAAACGAGACGGCAACUGGGGUGCCUGGAGUCCCUUCGGCUCCUGCUCGCGCACCUGCGGCACGGGUGUGAAGUUCAGGACCCGCCAGUGCGACAACCCACACCCAGCCAAUGGAGGCCGCACCUGCUCAGGCCUUGCCUACGAUUUCCAGCUCUGCAACUCCCAGGACUGCCCUGACGCCCUGGCCGACUUCCGCGAGGAGCAGUGCCGACAGUGGGACCUGUACUUUGAGCACGGUGACGCCCAGCACCACUGGCUUCCCCACGAGCACCGGGAUGCUAAGGAGAGAUGCCACCUCUACUGCGAGUCCAAGGAGACCGGGGAGGUGGUGUCCAUGAAGCGCAUGGUACACGAUGGCACGCGCUGCUCCUACAAGGACGCCUUCAGCCUCUGUGUGCGCGGGGACUGCAGGAAGGUGGGCUGUGACGGAGUGAUCGGCUCCAGCAAACAGGAGGACAAGUGUGGGGUGUGCGGAGGAGACAACUCCCACUGCAAGGUGGUCAAGGGCACUUUCACCCGCGCACCCAAGAAGCUCGGUUACAUCAAGAUGUUCGAGAUCCCAGCGGGAGCCAGACACCUGCUUAUCCAGGAGGCAGACACCACCAGCCACCAUCUGGCCGUCAAGAACUUGGAGACAGGCAAGUUCAUUUUAAAUGAAGAGAAUGACGUGGAUCCCAACUCCAAAUCCUUCAUCGCCAUGGGCGUGGAGUGGGAGUACCGCGACGAGGACGGCCGGGAGACACUGCAGACCACGGGCCCCCUCCAUGGCACCAUCACCGUCCUGGUCAUCCCGCAGGGAGACACCCGGAUCUCGCUGACCUACAAAUACAUGAUCCACGAGGACUCACUCAAUGUGGACGACAACAACGUCCUGGAGGAUGACUCCGUGGACUAUGAGUGGGCCCUGAAGAAGUGGUCUCCCUGCUCCAAGCCCUGCGGUGGAGGGUCCCAGUUCACCAAGUAUGGCUGCCGCCGGAGGCUGGACCACAAGAUGGUGCACCGAGGCUUCUGUGAUGCCCUCUCAAAGCCCAAGGCCAUCCGCCGGGCUUGCAACCCGCAGGAGUGCUCCCAGCCUGUGUGGGUCACAGGCGAGUGGGAGCCAUGCAGUCAGAGCUGUGGGCGGACGGGCAUGCAGACUCGCUCCGUGCGCUGCGUGCAGCCCCUGCACAACAAUACUACCCGCUCUGUGCACACCAAGCACUGCAAUGAUGCCCGACCUGAGGGCCGCCGGGCCUGCAACCGUGAGCUCUGCCCUGGUCGGUGGCGGGCUGGACCCUGGUCCCAGUGCUCGGUCACCUGUGGCAAUGGCACCCAGGAACGGCCUGUGCUCUGCCGAACCUCGGACAACAGCUUCGGGGUCUGCCGGGAGGAGCGGCCUGAGACAGCAAGGAUCUGCAGGCUUGGCCCCUGUCCCCGAAACAUCUCCGACCCUUCCAAGAAGAGCUACGUGGUUCAGUGGCUGUCCCGACCGGACCCCGACUCGCCAGUCCAGAAGCCCUCGUCAAAGAGCCACUGCCAAGGCGACAAGUCAAUGUUCUGUAGGAUGGAAGUCUUGUCUCGCUAUUGCUCCAUCCCAGGCUACAACAAACUGUGCUGCAAGUCCUGUAACCUGCACGACAACCUCACUGAUGUGGAUGGCGGGGCAGAGCCACCCCCUGGGAAGCACAAUGACAUCGAAGAACUCGUGCCCACCCUCCCAGUGCCCACUCUAGUCAUGGAGCCUCCACCCAGCACGCCCCUGGAGGUGCCUCUCAAUACCUCCAGCACCAACGCCACGGAGGACCAUCCAGAAACCAACGCGGUGGACGUGCCCUACAAAAUCCAUGGCCUGGAAGACGAAGUCCAGCCACCCAACCUAAUCCCUCGACGACCGAGCCCGUAUGAAAAGACCAGAAACCAAAGGAUCCAAGAGCUCAUUGAUGAGAUGAGGAAGAAAGAGAUGCUCGGAAAGUUAUAAUAAAAUGGAAAGAUAGCAUCAAUAGCAUUUUUUUCCUUGCUUAUAGAGAUAUUCCAUGGGAUGGCAACUCCUGCAUCAUGGAGAUGAAGUCAGAUUCCUGAUUCCAAAAGGUUUUGAGAAAACAAAGAGGGAGAAUGAUGUAAAAAAUAUAUAUGUGUGUGUGUGUAUAUAUAUACAUAUUUGCACAUGAAUG